CAUGAGAGGAAGGGUUGUCUACACAUGUUGAGUUCAGAGAUGUUUGUGAUGCUCAAUGACAUUUACUCACAGUGAUCUGGAAUGGAAGAAUUGAUCAAUACAGGUCUGUCAGAUGUUGUUGGUAGACUGGCAUUCAAAUACAUGGAGAUGUGCAAAGUUGAUUCCAGUUUAGACUCUGAAUCAGAGACAAACCCGAGAUGGUCUGAUGCUUGUGAAAGCAGCACACCAGAGAAACAUGCAGCUUCUCAAAAACUCCAGCGUUUAAGUGGACAAAACUACCAACAGUGUUUGGAUCCGUAUGAUGGGAGUUCAGAAGACUCUGAUUCCUCUAAUAAAGGUGCAAAGCGUCAAAGGCCCGGCACUCUCAGGAUGAAAGGAAGAGGCCAUAGAUCGGACAGAGACGUGAGGAGAGCGGUGACACGACAGGACCUCCCAGAACAUCAUGAUGUGGACAUCCAGAUGAGGUCAUCCAGUGACUCUGAGCAGGGCUUCUGGUCUCCCUGUCAGGCCGUAACAUGUGUUAAAGUGGAUCUGUCUGACUCUGGCUUCAACACCAGAUCCUCCAUCAUCUCACCUGCAGUGCCGUCAGGAACAGAGACGUCCCUUCACACCACAGAGUCCAACUCCAAAUGGAUCCAGUCUGGAUGGGUUCAAGCAAGUCCCGGGUCACCUGACAGUCCUGCGUUCCAUGGUGCAUUUUCCAAACGGAAGUUCUUUCCUCCUUCAGGUGAUGUGGAUGAGGGGAUGCGGAGGAAGCGGCCGUGCAUCAGUGAUAUGGAGGUUGAACAUGUUGCUUUCUGAGAUCAGCGACAGAAUCUGAAGACAGAACAGUGUGUUGAAAAUGAACCCAUACUGCCGUCUGACACAACUCACCAUUUGCCUGAAAAGUGAAUUUUGCACCAAUUAUUUUUUUCAAUGAUUAUUUUGUCAUUUGUGAGCAUCUACAAAAACACACAGCGAGAUCUCCUGUGUUGAAGAAGCUUUUGCAUGAGAUGAUAGUCUGAGUUACAUCUUCAUUUCCUGUCUGAAUGUCACUGAUGUCACAAAGUUAUUUCAGUAAUUAUUUAUGAUCAUGAUUUCCAGAAUGUUCAUGUGUUCCCUGAUCACAGACUCCUUUGUUAAUUUGUCUAAAUAUAUAAUCAGCAGACAUUAAUAUCAUACUAGCUGCUGGCACACAGAUCCUGCAAAAAAAGAAAAAAGUGACAAAUGAUGAUGUUUGUGAACAGUUUUGUAUUUCUAUAUUGUUAGUGUUCAUGUUUACAUUCAUAUAUUAUUUUCUUCUUUAGGUGUUUGAGUGCUGCAGUCAUUCGAUCAACAUGAAAAAGAGAUCUUAAGUUUGUUAUUGAACUAACUGCACACCGUAUGUUGUUUGCAUUCCUCACGGGUGAAAAUAAA